GUUACACGGAGGAAGAAGAUGUUUGCACAGAGCUCGCGAGGGCGUUCGAAGUAGUGCGCGGAGCUCGCGCCAUUCAUCGGCUCGGGGCGGUGGCAGCGGGCAGCGCGCUGCAACCGGCCUGGACGUACUCCUCAAAAUUAAUCUCCCCGCUACCUGAAAGCGCACUUCGAGCCAGGUCGCGGUGACCGGGAAGCGACCAUGGCGCAGGAGCUGGGAGACGAGCUUGGCCGCGUCCUGCGGGAGCGGGGCCCCAUCGACACCGCGCUGGAUCGCUUCGAACGCCAGACCAAAGUGCGCCGCGAGUACCUGGUGUACGGCGCGAUGGGCGUCGUGGCCGUCAUGUUCGCCAUGGACAUGAUGAGCGCCUUCCUCUGCCAGUCCAUCACCACCGUCAUAGGGGUGCUGGGCUGCCUGCGGGCCCUGGAGCGACAGGACCAGGCCUCCAUGCAGAAGUGGACUGCCUACUGGCUCAUCUACAUCAUCCUCAACGUCUACCUCGGUUUCAUAGUGCGCUUCGUGGGCCGCUACUUCAUCAAAAUCCACAUGUUCAAGUUCCUGCUUCUCGCCUGGUGCGCGCUGCCCAUCGAGGGCAACGGAUCGGACUACAUCUACAACAAGCUGCUGGCGCACCGCAUAUUCCGGCCAACUGGAAUGAUCGCGUCUUUGGUGCCCAAGAAGACCGCGUCUCCGCCGCUCCAGCCGCCCGGAGACGAGCGACGCGACAAGACGCGCCCGAGUGCGUCUCCCGACCGCCGGUCCGGUGCCGUGGCCUGAACAAGAUGCCCGACCAAGAUGCCGAUUUCUCGGGAGUUGUGUCGAACGGCGGUGGCGCAGUGUGUAUGAUGUGUGUGUCGCCCCGAUCUGGCAAUAAAAAUUUUCUCUUCGGGGAAACCCCCCGCGCUGACGGA